CUUGAAUGCGGAGUUGGAAUCCUGCACACUCUCUGGUUUGGUAGAGAGUCACAAUAUCAUGCUUUGGUUCUUGGCCUCCUCAGGCCAUCACUGCACGAUCUUUUCUUUACACAUGAUCAAAAAUUCAGCCUUCAUACUGUUGUAAAUCUAGGAAUCCAACUGGUGAGUCAUUUUGUGCUGGGUUUUUGCAGAUGA